AAGCAAUUAACCUCAGUGCAAUCAGCUCCGGAGAGAGAGUGAGAGAGAGAGAGAGAGAGACACUAAGAGAAAAAGAGAGAGAUAGAAAGAGAGAGAGAGAGGCGCGCGGAGUGCGCAGCAGCGUGUGUAUGCGUGCGCGUGCAGGUGUGUGAGAGGAGGACUGCUGCUGUACCUCAUCAUUUUGGAGGACGUAUACUGACACGCGGACGCGCGCGCCGCUCGGCAUGGGCGCGAGAGUGUAGUGCUGAGCUGCGUGCUGGAGUCCGGCGGUGCAGGCGCAGUGCUGAGGGGGGCGUUCGGCGGGUUUGGAGGGGCUGCAGAAACGCAGGCAUGCAGGAGUGAGCGGAGCUCGCGGAGUGCUCCCGCCGCCGCCGCUUUUGGGUGCUUUUCUCCCCGUUUGGCUAUGAGGACCACGCGCUGAAGCCCACCGCAACGAGCCCCACGAGCAGCAGCACGACACGAGCGCGAGCACACGACCGCCGCGGCAACAUGACCGUCUCCAAGAAGCGCGUCAUCACCAGGCUCUUCAAAGUUCGCAGGAGGCGCGAGCUGCUGCUGGCGCAGGCGGGCUGCGUGUGCAGCGUGCUGUGCGUGGCGUGGUGCAUGUCAGCCCUGCUGACCGAGGCAGGUCAUGGCAUGAUUGUGGAUGGAGGGGAGACGGCUCAUGAGCACUGGGGGAGAAAACUGAUGGCCUCUGCAGCCGACAAUGACACGGAACGCAAAAACUGCACUGAGCCUGCUAUCCGUGAGUUCCCUGAUGACUAUUUUACUAAUGCUGAAAGGAAGAGUGGAGCCGUCUUACUGCACAUCCUGGCGGCCCUCUACAUGUUCCUGGCUCUGGCCAUCGUGUGUGACGAUUACUUUGUGACCUCUCUGGAGAAGCUCUGUGAGAAGUUAGACCUGAGUGAGGAUGUAGCUGGAGCCACAUUCAUGGCUGCAGGAAGCUCUGCCCCAGAGCUGUUUGCAUCUGUAAUAGGUGUGUUUAUCACACAUGGUGAUGUGGGAGUUGGAACCAUCGUCGGCUCUGCAGUCUUCAACAUCCUCUGCAUUAUUGGAGUGUGUGGGAUUUUUGCUGGACAGGUGGUGCUGCUGACCUGGUGGGCUGUUUUCCGUGACUCUCUCUACUACACCUUCUCUGUAGUGGCACUGAUUGCAUUCAUCUAUGAUGAAAAGAUAGUGUGGUGGGAGAGCCUGGUGCUGGUGGUCAUGUACGCAGGAUAUAUCCUGAUAAUGAAAUUUAACUCCAGCAUGCAGAACUUUUUCAUGGGCAAAGGCAACAAGAAUGUGGCUAAUGGUAACGCAGCAAGCGGCAGCGAGUUGGAAGAUGGUAAUGAUUAUUUCGGCUAUGUCUCUGAUGACCCCUCAGUGCCUUUACUAGGUACAGUAAAGCCCACUAAGAACUACACCCGAGGUUCAGUGGUCAUGGUGGAUGAAAUCAUCAAUGCUAGUCCACCCAAUUACCGUUUCCCUGAAGCUGGUCUGCGUGUGAUGGUCACCAACCACUUCGGACCAAAAACUCGUCUGCGCAUGGCCAGUCGCCUCAUUAUAACUGAGAGGCAGAAGCUGGUGCAGGGAGCCAAUGGGGUGGAGACUGCAGUGAUUGAUGGGAAGACUGACAUUGAGAAUGGAAAUGUACCGGAGGAUAAACCCAGUGAGGAGGAGGAGGGAGAACUGACCUCACCAUUCAGACUCCCACGGGGCUGUAUGAACAAGACUAAAUGGUUGAUCUCCUGGCCGCUGCUUCUGCUGCUGUUCUUCACCAUUCCUAACUGUGCGAAGCCUCGCUGGGAGAAAUACUUCAUGUUGUCAUUCCUUCUCUCCACCGUCUGGAUCGCCAUUUUCUCCUACUUCAUGGUGUGGAUGGUGACUAUAAUCGGAUACACUCUUGGCAUUCCGGAUGUGAUAAUGGGCAUCACUUUCCUGGCAGCGGGCACCAGCGUCCCUGACUGCAUUGCCAGCCUGAUUGUAGCUCGACAAGGGCUUGGGGACAUGGCAGUGUCCAACACCAUUGGCAGUAAUGUGUUUGAUAUCUUGGUGGGGCUGGGGUUGCCCUGGGCUCUGCAGACAAUGGCCAUAAACUACGGGUCAGAGGUGAUGAUAAACAGUCGAGGGCUGGUGUACUCUGUGGUGCUGCUGCUGGGCUCUGUGGCUCUCACUAUCCUGGGCAUCCAUGUCAAUCAUUGGAAGCUGGACUUCAAACUGGGCAUGUAUGUUCUGGUCCUGUAUGCCAUCUUCCUCUGCUUCUCCAUCAUGAUCGAGUACAACGUCUUCACCUUCGUCAACCUGCCUAUGUGUCAGGAGCAUUAGAAGAUUCAGCUGCCAAACCUCCAUGCAUCACCAGGCAUCUCCAAUAAUAAAUGUUCUUCAACCCUCUGUCCAGAACACACCACUAGAUACCACCGUCUAUUCUAAACCCUUAAAGGAAUAGCGCAAUCAAAUAUGCUAGCAUGGCUAAGACUGGAUGAAAGGUAGUAGCCACAAAUUAGUGUUAAUCUGCUUGCUUAGUGCUAAUUGCUGGCUGUUCACUUUCAUUCAUUACAAACAUUAGCUUUUUUGACAAAACUAUUCCUUAACUAAGCAAGACCACUGUUCUUCCACUGUAGUGUACAAAACCACCAUUACCUCAAAGUUGGCUUCCCUUCAGCUUGAGCAAAUAGAACUGCCCUUAUAUUGCAGUAACCAACAGCAGAUUACACCCCAACCCACUGGAGUUUAUGGAGUCUUUUCCCUCCAAGUUUAUUUGCAAAGAUCUCUACAAUAAAACGCUUCAAACGGUUGGUGUCAUCAAAGUCACCAAUUUUACCAUCAUUUAUGAACUCCAGGUACCUGUCAAGCUUUGCAGUUAAAAUUAAGUCCUAAAAUAAGAUUUAAUCUACAGCCUGGUCCCAACCUUCCUGUCCUCAUCCAUGGAGAGGAUCUUUGUGUCGGCAGCUCUUCUUUUCCCUCUGAAAACAAAAAGAAAAAAAGAAAAGAAACAAGAAAAUAAGGACAAUAUCCCUCAUGUCCCAGAGUGGAUCACUCGUCUGCCAAAUAUGGACCAUGUCCCACUGGUGUUGACUUUGAUGUACCUGAACCCUGAAGAGCUUCUUGCUGUUUUUGUACAUUUGCUUUUGUUUUUUGUCACAAAGUGUAUCUGGAAAGUUUGCAGGUCCUUUUAGAAGUUGUCCACAUUUCAUUGUUU